UUAAUUAAAUUAACUAAUUAUAUCAGAUAGUUAAAUUAGGUAACUAAUAUUAAUUAACACGAACGAAACCGUGAUAAAAGGAGAAACUUUCUCCCUCUGUCUCACAAACGUUUUCAACUUUUGUUGUUUGUUUGUUGUCUCUUCAACAAAGUCUCAAACGAUCGCUGCGUCGUCCCCAUCUCUCUCUCCCCCUUACAUUCUCCCUUCUAUUUUGGAUCUUUCUUAGUUGCGUACACACCAAGGUAACAAAAACAAAAGAAGAAAAUCAGAUUUGUUGUGCGUUAGGUUUUUUUUUUCUCUCCUCUUCGGGACAAAAUGGGACAAAAGAAUUUGAUCUACAGCUUCGUCGGUCGUGGCACGGUGAUUCUCGUCGAGUAUACCGAGUUUAAAGGCAAUUUUACUUCCGUCGCUGCACAAUGCCUACAGAAACUCCCUUCUUCGAACAACAAGUUUACCUACAACUGCGACGGUCACACCUUUAAUUACCUCGUCGAAAAUGGCUUCAGUGAGUUUCACUUCUUGAUCCCAACACAUUUUUCGUAUUGUGUUGUUGCUGUUGAAGCUGUUGGGAGGCAGAUUCCAAUGGCUUUUUUGGAGCGAGUUAAGGAAGAUUUCAGCAAGAGAUAUGGUGGUGGGAAGGCUACCACUGCUAAGCCUAACAGCUUGAACAAAGAGUUUGGGUCUAAACUGAAGGAGCAUAUGCAAUACUGUGUGGAUCAUCCUGAGGAGAUUAACAAACUUGCUAAGGUUAAGGCUCAAGUGAGUGAGGUGAAAGGAGUUAUGAUGGAGAACAUUGAGAAGGUCCUUGACCGUGGUGAGAAAAUUGAGCUUCUAGUGGACAAAACUGAAGAUCUUCGUUCACAUGCACAAGAUUUCAGAACACAAGGAACGAAAAUAAGAAGAAAGAUGUGGUGGGAGAACAUGAAGAUUAAGCUCAUAGUCGCUGGUAUCAUCAUUGCCUUGAUUCUCAUCAUCAUCAUCUCGGUUUGUCCUGGCUUCAAGUGUACUUGAAAAGUAGAACAGUCUGAGAGAUUAUAAGCCCCUUAUUGUUAAACUAACCUAACUCCUCCCGGUAUUUGCCCUUCUAUUUUGAUCUUUUUGUUUUUGCAGUGUCUCUUUUAUAGUUUAUUUUUAUUAUUGUUAGGAAAAAGCAAUAUGAUGGCUCAGUAUUGAGAAAUGAUGAUUUGGGUUGUGAAUGUUUGGAAAGGGAUAUAAGCUGUUGGGGUUUGCUUAUAUAUAGGCUAGGUCUUUGUGCUAUUGGUGAUCACAUGUCUUUUUGUAAUCUUGAAUCGAAUGUUGGGUUUUUGCUCCUUCAAAUCUCCUUAAUUUUCUCGCUAGGGAAAAACAUAUUUAUAUUAGAUCUUUGUGCUCAUGGUGAUAAAAUCCACUAUACUUAUUUGAUAGAAGAAGAAAUUAAGCAAAGUAUUAGAUUAAGAUACAACAAUCAUAAGAUAAUGCUUUAAUACAACUAGUUGACAGACAACGAAAGAUCAAAGUCAGACCGCUAACAAUUUCUACGAUAGGCACAAAAUAACACAAGGAAAUGCUAUAAUACAAGAUCAACAACUACUUGACAGACACUGAAAGCACAAACUUAAAAUUGGAACAAUCGUAACGGUUUAUGCGGUCGCACCAGUUAUCUUCAGGUCCAUAGAAUUUGUUUCAACUGAGGAUAAGGACUUGGAAAUUUCGUAUAGCCAUGAGC